AUGGCCUUCAAGGACAAGACCAACGUGACCAUGAUGGCCCUGCAGCAGGCGUUUGUGAGGAUGAUGAAUUCGGUGGCAGAGACGCCAUGCGGAGGAGGCUACACCUUGUUUUACAUAGCUGGCAAAGGCGACUGGAAGCACAAAAAAGACUGGCUUUGCGAAAAGCGGUAUUGGUCUCAGACAGGUGUGCAGGCGAACAGGGCAGGGAUUUGCAGGCGGUGCUAUGCCAAUGGUCAGACAUGGAUGCAGUUGGAAGAUGCGACAGAUGAGUCAGCCAUUGCCCCUGCGUUCGGGGAAGACAUUCCGCUGUGGGGCCUGGCUGGGUGGAACCCGAACAUGGAGUGGUGCGACAUAUUGCACGCAGUGUGGCUUGGUGUCGGUCGUGAUUUGUGCGGCUCUUUACUGAUGCAAGUGGCCACUCACGGUGACUUCGCAGAGACAAGCUAUGAUGGCCGAUUGCGUGCUUUGCAUGCGAAGUGCCAAGCGUGGUGCUCUCGAAACAGCAUCCGCCCUAGCACCAUCGAAGAGGUCAGCUUGCAGAAGCUCGGGGUGGAUGCCUUGGCCUAUGAUUUUCCACUGGGGCCUAGCAAGGCGUACGCCAUCCGGGAGACAACAUCCGCGGAGCUUCAUGCCCCUGGUGUUUGUGCAUGGGCAUUAGCGAAGUAUGGAGCGACAUUGGAUUCUUCAGGGCUUUGGUUGGAAGAGGAAGCUGCAGUUGCUGCCUUGACUUUUGGCGACUUGUUCAUGGCAUGCUACCUAGAGCAAUCCUCUAAGGCCAUUGCCGAGAAGAAGCCAUUGUACCGCAUGAGACCGAAGUUCCACUCAGUGAAGUGCGAACUUCUCAAUCGGUUGCGGCAGGGCAGCCGGCUAAACCAUAGUCAUGUCGGAUGCUUCAAUGAGGAAGAUUAUGUGGGGCAGGUGACUCGCAUGCUGAAAGGAGCGGUUCACCCAUUAACGCUUGGAAAGCGUGCGCUGGAGCGCAUGCUCUUAGGCAUUAAUGUCCACCUGGCAAACGCACAGCAAGAGCAGUCCUAG